GCGGAAAUGGUGGUUUUCUGCUGGCAAGAAGAAAAACAACCAGGACACACGUCGUUUCAUAUUUGGUCACAAGACAAAGAUGGCAUCGAGCAGUACAAGCAGGGAGGGGGAGCUGAGUGUUCAACAGUGUGAGGACUAUAUCCAGCAACACGGCAUCCAGGCUGUGAUGAAGGAAUGCAUCGUCAAGCUGUGUAUGACCCGGCCAGACCGGCCCAUUGCCUUUAUCAGGGACUACUUCGAAAAACUGGCAAAGGAGGACGACGGGUUUAUUUCACCCAUGAACUCUCCAACCAUGAACCCUGUGGUGAGGCCUCGGAACCGGAGAGGAGCCAUCAGUGCGGAGGUGUACACUGAGGAAGACACUGCCUCCUAUGUCAGAAAGGUCAUCCCGAAAGACUACAAGAGCAUGGCGGCCCUGUCCAAAGCCAUGGAGAGGAACGUGCUGUUUGCCCACUUGGACGACAAUGAGAGGAGUGACAUUUUUGACGCAAUGUUUUCUGUCAACUACAUUGCUGGAGAAACUGUCAUCCAACAAGGUGAUGAGGGAGACAACUUCUAUGUCAUUGACCUGGGAGAGACGGAUGUAUACGUGAACAACGAACUGGUGACCAGCAUUGGUGAGGGAGGCAGUUUUGGGGAGCUGGCUCUGAUCUACGGAACCCCUCGAGCAGCUACAGUCCGUGCCAAGUCCAAUGUUAAGCUGUGGGGCAUUGACAGAGACAGCUACAGGAGAAUAUUGAUGGGAAGCACUUUGAGAAAGCGCAAGAUGUAUGAGGAGUUCCUCAGCAAGGUGUCCAUUCUAGAGUCUCUGGAUAAGUGGGAGCGUCUGACGGUGGCUGACGCCAUGGAGACUGUGCAGUUUGAGGACCGCCAGAAAAUUGUGGUGCAGGGAAAGCCUGGCGAUGAGUUCUUCAUCAUCCUGGAGGGGACAGCAGCGGUGCUCCAGAGGCGGUCGGAGGACGAGGAGUUUGUGGAGGUCGGCAGACUUGGACCCUCAGAUUACUUUGGUGAGAUUGCCCUUCUGAUGAACCGGCCCCGUGCUGCAACUGUUGUUGCAUGCGGUCCCCUCAAGUGUGUCAAACUGGACCGGCCCCGGUUCGAGCGAGUCCUGGGUCCCUGCUCUGACAUCCUGAAGAGAAACAUUGAGCAGUACAACAGCUUUGUCUCCCUCUCUGUCUGAGCUUGUCGGCCCUCUGGCCCUCCUUUCCUCUGCUGCAGGGGCCACCAAUGCACAUGCACCCCCCCAAAAGAAGACUUCAAUACAUCUGUUACUCCUCUUAGUUGUUUUAUUUUUUUUGUAAGUUCUCAGGUGACGCGAUUUGUUUUCUAUGAGUUUUGAGCUUCAUCGCCUGAAGCUGUAAUCCUAAAACCAAAUAGACACACUUUGAAAGUGUAGCUAAGAUUUAAAUAAUGGUGUAUGCAUGACUGGCCGUGCCUUCACACUGAUCACUGUGAGUAGAUUAUUCAAAUUGGAAUAUUUAUCCAAAAUACACAGAUGAAAUAAUCUAUAAAAUAUAAAGCAUUUUAUAGUCACAAUGGAACAUGUCGAUCCAUCAGCUGAUGUCCUAUUAAGACAGGAUAUGAAGGGGAGCAUUGGAAUAGGAAUGGUUUAAAGUAGUUAGUUCCACAGCUCGAUGGGGGUGACAAACCUAAACAUUGUCACAUUAUCCAUUUUGCAGUAUUAAGUCCAACAUGUUGACGGUGUGGAUGCACAGUUAGUAGCUUAGUCUGCUCUGGAGAUCUCCAGUGUUCACAGAGAUGGUGUACAGAUGUUUUCAUGCUGACUGAGCUUUAUGUUUUUGACGGGGUAUGCCAUCAUUUGUCUCGAUGUUAUUUUUAAGCUAGCAGCCGGGUUCAAGGGAUGGAUGUGUUUGGGUCUUUGGUCCGGACUGAAAUAUCUCAGCAACUAUAAUGUGAUCUGUUCAUGUCUCCCUCUCAGUGAAUUGUAAUAACUUCUCUUCUAGCAGCCUCAAGUCCAAAUUCAAAUUUGUCCAGUGCUUUGGUCUCUGACCUGCAUAACAAAUGACAUUCCCAUCAUGCUCAGCUGCAGUGCUGAGUUUAGUAGGUUAGCAUGCUAACCUACUAAAGUCAGAUGCUAUACAGCUGCGUGUCUUACUUUUCAUGCACACAGUUUGCAGGAGUACCAGUCAUACUUCUACAGUAUGGAGGGUGUUUUAACCCAGGAAGAGAAAAUGAGAUUUAAAAAAAAAAGCACAAUUAGUUUCCAGUUAAACUUGACCAUUUUGGUCAAUUUCUCCUGACACUGCUUAUUUUAAAUAGCGCUCAACAUCUUCUGUGUUCAGGUUCUUACAUCUUAAUCAACAUUUUUAUAUUGCUCUUUCUCCAUGAUUUCAUUUUUGUAUUUUUUAACAUUUAAUCAGUAAAUAACAUGUUCUCUUUGUUUACCUUUUGCUCUUUAAAAGUUACUAUAUUUCUGGGUGAAAUUCUCCACAUUUAGUGUUUGUUAAAUACUUUCUGAACACGCUUCAGAAUGUCCAGGUCUGCUGGUUCUAUUUACACCUCUGCUACAAAUCUAUAUAUUUCAAGUAAAUGACUAUUUUUUUACAGAUUUUGUGAUUAUACAAAACUAUUUAAUCAAAGGAAAAGUGUUUAUAUGCUGUUUAGUUCACUGUUUCGAGUUCGUCUGAUCCCAACAUUUAAACGGAGCUCAGGUCAAUACUUAAUAAAAAGGUACCUCUUGGAAGAUCAGACUUUCUGACACGCAGCAGCAUAGCCACCCGGUUCCAAAUAGGGUUGCUUGUGUGUGUCACAGGCCAUCAGGUCUGAUCACUCAUGUUUUCUGCUAUUUCAAUCUCUCUAGUCAGCAUUCAUCAAAGGACACAUUGGAAACAAUAAAUAAUAAUAGAACAUCUCGAAACCAAACUGCCAAUAAACUCAUUGGCAUAACUAAGUCAUUUCCUGUAUAUCUGUAGUGUGAUUAAGAAAAGUACAUCGAUACUUAUUGCUGUGUAAAAGGGGCACACGUACCUUGCUAAAUAGAAGACUGGCCCAUUUUGUAGCGCAGAGUUGCACAUAGCUGUCUUUGCUGUAAUGUUGCAGCAGCCGCUCCGCAAAAUAUGUCCUCAUAUGUUACACUUCAAUGUAGUUAGUUACAAAUGAGUUAGUCAAGCUCCCAAAACACUGGAGCCUACAUUUCCCAUAAAGCAACUCGGUGUCAGCUUUCGUUAGAAGCCCCUGUGCUUCGUAAACACCCACAGCUCUUUAAACGUUCUUCUACAAGCCUUAGGAAAAGAGCCAGAGCUGUCUGUCUAAAGCUUUCCUUCAGUCAAUGCUGGUCAGUGAAUAAGUCAAAUGGAGCAUGAGGAUUUAAUGCAACCUUUGUGUACUUUACAUAUGAAGAUACACACUUGAGUUAGUAUCAUAGAGGCACAGUCCUAUCUAACAGUGAACAAAUGUACAGGAAGCCCACUCGGUCAGCAUCUAACAGUUGCUGCCUUAUCCUCAUUGCCGAUUGUUGUUUUGCAGUUCUCUCUUCUCUGAAGAUCAGCACUGUAGUCCAGCCACUCGAAACCUGACAAUCAGGUUUGGCCUUGACAUUUAUCUUGAGUUUAUCGAUUACACCCAGUGUUAAAUGUCUGUUUAUCACAGAUGUCUUAAUUCAGUAGUGUUGCACCCAUUUUGACUUGGUACUGUAUUUUUUUUCCAGCUAUGUCUUUACAUUAUUUCUGACUCAUUAGAAGGCAAAAAGUGAAUGUCACUGCUCCACUCCUUCAGACCAUCAGAGAAGCUGAUGGAGGAGCCAGCAAUGAGUCUCCGUCAGACUGUGUGCCUUUGUUCAGACGCACUGGGCAGUUUGUGCUUAAAUGCUGGUUGUUUGGGUUUCUCUGCUUAUAGCAGUUCAAGCAAUAAAGAGAUCAGUGUUUUCACAGUU